AUGCCUUCGGCUGUCUCAAAUCAGAACAAUUAUUACACCGCUCACCACCGACGACAGUCAUCUCAAUCGCAGACUAAUCUGACCGACCAGAUCGUCACCUCUCCCACCCAGCUUCAAUCCCCUUCACAGUCGCUCGUCUUUCUACCCUCCACAGCCUACCAACCGCAACAACCCAUACAGCGAACACGAACCCCGUCCCAAUCCACUGUGUCGCGGUCAAAUAUAAGACUUGAUCUGGCUCGAGAGGAAAGCGUCAUCAAUGACCCUCAUGAGUUCUAUCGCCAGUACCAGGAUCCGCUCGUGAACCCAUCCCCGAUCGGCCUGCAUCAAGAGGCAAUACGCACCACGACCGAGCAAGAGGAGGCACAAUACGCCAGUCGAAAGUCGAGUUUUGCAUCUACACAAGCAAAUGACGACUAUGAGCCAAGAUCCGGCAGAAAUUCUGUGAGUGGCCGGAAACUCUCAGUAAAUACCCAACAUACCCAGUGGGAGGCCGUCAAACCUCCGGGUUCGGUACCAAACACAUUGAGGUCGAGAAAAGCUUCCUUCAAAGACCUUGUGGCUCGUUUCGAUGCCUCUCCCGAUGAGGUUCCACCUUUGCCUACUCAACAAAUAUCUCGACCUUCAUCCAGAACCGCAAGCCCGAUGUCCGGUUUCGCCAAUGUCGAGUUCGGCCAUUCUGCCGGAACUGGUACUCUACCGAAGCGACCCUCCUCACGGCUGUCUGAAUCAUACCGAAUAAAUGGCAGUGUCUCCGCAUCUGCUGGAACUCCAAACGCGAAGUCCCUCACCGGUCGCAACCGAACUUCAUCCUUGGCAAGCGGUUUGACCAAGAGCGUGACUAAUCCUGAAGAUUCGCAGAAUAGUCGUAAGUUGUUGUUUGGCGAAGUACUGCCUUCAGUCUCCAAUGCCCCUGCUGCAGGAUACGGCAUAUCUAAUGCACGAAAACGCCGUGGCUCAGAGGGAUCUCCUAUGCACAGUCCUAAUCCUAUGUUUCCUUCUACCUCAUCAAUUCCAACCGUCAAAGCCCCCUCGCCGAAUUCAUUAACUCGCCCACAACCUCGACCUUCGGAUCGUUCCCAUGUUGACUUGAGAACAAAGGCACAAAUCGAGCAGCCACAUCAUCGCCGGGCAAAAAGCGAUUUUUCAGGCCAAGCAUCCAGAUCGUCUGGUAGACAUGGAGGAAUCGUCUCGCCAGUGAGCUUCGAAAGUACUUCGGGUGCCCUAAGAUUGGCUAGUAAUGCCUUGGCCAAAGUUAAUGGCCAUUCACGAAUACCGGUGAGCACGCGGCAUCAGCGUAUAGCUUCGGACUCUGCCACCAUGUCUCCUAACACGCAUCCUGCCUUCGUCUCACAACUUCCUCUGCGUAAUCUCGAAACCUCGCAAUCGAGGUCUGUUCCCUCUCCCUCGGGAAAUCGAAAGCCUAGCAGCCCUAAGAGAAGACCGCGAUCUCCAAUCCAAAUUAAGAGCCCUGGCAGACGGGGAAGGGACAUUACCUCAAGCAGCGAGAAAAGCCCAUCGCUCCGAGCAAAUAUCAUCGCACCCCCACCAAAAAUAUCUCCUCCAUUAAGGAGUUCCCGACCACGCUUGCCUGUCUCCUCUGCCACUACAACGGCAUCACGUGCCAAAAUGGCAGAGAAGUUUGAGAUCUUGGCGAAGGAGCAGAACGACAGGAAAGGGUACCGGCGACAGAGACCUCCCGAGCUUAGUGACAUCGAUCUCAAAGCUAGACGCCUCAAAAUCACGCAGGCACUCAGCAGAUCAAGAGAAGGGGAAGAUCUAAGAACUGGUGCCUUUCAGACUCGCAAUAGCUCGACAAAUCGCCAAGAUAGCUUGACGCCGUCUAUCUCUGGAUCCGACAGAGGAAAUCAAAGUCACCCUGAUCAUAUCGAAAUUCCAGCGCUAGUAGUCAAUUUCUCUGGGCCACCCACCGACAUGUCCGAAGAACGAGCAUUCUAUACACCCGAUGAACAAUCUGUGCGAGAUCGCAUGACAUACACCCAAAAUGCUUUAAAAAUUGUUGAGGCAGGCUCGAGGCAAUUGGAAACAGAAAUGGACUCACCAACUUUGGGACAUGCAGAGUCCGCCUUCAGCAGCAUUCCGUAUUCUUUGAACACCCAGCUGCGACCUUCUAUGCCUGAGCAAGAACCGUCCUCUGCUCUAACUGACGCCACAGUGGCAACCGAAGCGACACUUAUCGAUACAGAACCACAAAUGGACGCAACUAGACUGCAAACCCCUGCCCAGUCACUCUUCACACAGAUAAGUGCCAUGCGUAGCCAGAGCUCCAACUCGCCAAUGUCUUCCAGCUCGCAAGCAUCGGGUGACCUGUCUGACCAUGCAGAUGGAGUUUCGGUUCAAUUGAUGCUACGGGAAACUACCUACCUUGAUGACGACGAAGCAGUUGAAAAGGGCUAUCGACCCUUUUUACCUUCUACCGGAUCUGACGUCGCUGCAUCACGAAGCAAUGGAAGAAGUUCAUGGACCUCGUCAAUAGACGAGCUACCAGGAUCAGAAGGAGGCGAAAGCAGUGUUCCAGGUCGUGAGGCUUCACAAAUACCAGAAGAGUUGGCAGCUGAGCCCGGCUCGAUGUCGCCCUCAGGUUCUAAUCGCUCCAGCAUUCAGGACGAUUCCCAACAAGAGCCUAGUUCACGUGAUGCUUAUACAGUCGUCAACAUCGUUCUUCAGCAACAGACGCCCUCGGGAGUCGUUGACCAACAAUUGGUGGACGACAUCUAUCAUCGUAUCAUUCAGACUUCACCAGAUCUAGCCAGUGCUGAGACCGUCGAUGAGGAGAAAGUUCGCCUGCUUUGUAUGCAUGAGCUCGAAGAUUACCAUAGUCAGUGGGGAGAGCAAGAGUCGUCCCGUCCAGAAUCAGCAGUGUUGAUUCGCCCUGACGAAUUUUCCGAAUCGAAAAGCCAUGCUGUGAAAGAGACAAACGGAGAGAGUGACACCAAGAAUGACUCUACAGUAUCUCGUCAAUCGAAAGAUAAAGCUCUGUCACUUCCGCCUACAAGUUAUCGUGGCCAUCACUACAAAUCAAGUCUUGACAGCGCGGAAGACUGGGCAGAAACUUCUCCAUCUGUUGGGGAUUGGAUCCAAUAUGGUCUCAGUUCACCCAUAGAAACGCAACAACCUCGACCACCAUCUACGCUGGUACGUGAAAUCAUUGAGCAAGGCCCUAUGGCUACGGGUUUGGGCAAAACGGAAACAGGACAUUCGCAUGCACAGUCUUGGAACACAAGUGCAGGUGAUUCUCCAACGCUAGGGCUAGAUCUCGACAUUCCACGCCCACCUUCCCACUCCCCUCCACCUCCGCCAACAAUGAAUUUGCCCUCGAUUGAUCAAGCUGCCCGGUCUGCACCCGCAGGUAUCAAACCGCCUAUGACACAGCAGUCACAACCCCCUCGACCGCUCACAGCAGUAUCGCAGAUGUCAGCCCGAUCUAGUCUUGACCAACACGUUCUACCGUCCACUUCUAGCAUGAACCGACCAUCUGAGGAAGGCGACUUGAGUCCUGAUCAACGGCGACUGAACAAGCGACGACAUAUUCUGAAGGAGCUGGUCGACACAGAAUACACUUACGAGAGAGACAUGAGGGUGCUCUGCGAUAUUUACAAACAGACUGCUGUCGUUGCUAUUAGUGACGAAGAUACAAAAAUCAUCUUUGGUAACGUCGACGCGGUGCAACACUUUGCUAAGGAUUUUCUUGGAUUUCUAAAGCAAGUAGCCAGGCCAGCCUACAUAAUGGAUAAAUCGGACAAACGUAAAGAUUGGAAUCGUGCCUCAGCUGUUCAAGGCUCAGGCACAUCCAUUGACGGAGUUGCCGAUAUGACAGAUGCCGAGAAGGACGAGCUGACCAAGGUUGGACAUGCUUUCGAGGUUUCUAUGAGCGACAUGGAGAAGGUCUAUACCGAGUAUAUUCGGACUCGACACCCUGCCAAUAAAAGACUUGAAGUUUUACAGACAUCCCCAGCUGUUAAGGAAUGGCUGAAGGAAUGCAGUGAGAAUUCUAGUGAUAUUACCAAUGCAUGGAGUCUGGACGCACUAUUAGUCAAACCCAUUCAACGGAUCACCAAGUACCCGCUCUUACUGACGCAGUUGGUUGAAGCAACACCUCCAACGCACCCGGAUUAUGAGUUCAUUCGAAAGGCUCUGGUCGAAGUUACGGAAGUAAAUAUUCGCAUUAACGAUGUGAAAAAGCACACCGAGCUUGUUGAUCAGGUCCUCAACAGGAAACGAAAAGAGUCCGACGUCCGCAAUGGAUUGACAAAGGCAUGGGGUAGGCGAGCGGAGAAGCUGAGACAACACGUCGGCAUCAAUGAGAUAUACGAAGAUCCUGAAUAUGCCAAGAUCAAGAUCAACUAUGACAAUAACAUUGCCCACCUGUUUUUGGUGACCAAGGAUUGUCAGGGCUACAUUGAGGCCAUGAGGGAGUGGGUUGAUCGAAUUUGCGGAGUUGCAGCAGCAGCCGAGGCUUGGGUUGAUGUCGGCCACACCAGCUAUCCACAGGCUGAAAGCAAACUGCGCCAAUUUGCCAUUGUGGUUCGAGGAGUACAUUCAAUUGCCCUUCCUGAUCACAUUGAACAAGUGACGAAAAAGGUGAUUCAGCCGAUGGAGAAGACUGCGGUGAUGUUGGAAAGAUUCAAGGUUGACUCCAAGGGACUAAUACAAAAACGCGAGAAAAGACUACUCGAUUACAACCAAUUCAAGAACAAGCGAGAUCGUGGCGAAAAGGUCGACAAGAGGAUGACAGAACGGAUGGAGCAGUGGGAGGCUCUAAAUCUCGAAGCUAAGGAAAGAAUGAAGCGUCUUCUCAGUUCAACUGCAGAUCUUGUUCUUGCCUGCCAAACGAGUCUGAUACAACUCCAGAUGGGCUGGUUACAAAUGUGUAAGGUCAAAUUUUCGGCUGCUAUGGAGCUGGACAUCGAUCGGCUAGAACCGGGCGAUAUCAUGAGAGAAUGGCAGGAAGAAUUCGAUGCACAGCACACAUACGCAAUGACCUUGAGUAUCUGCAAUGGGACCUUGCUAGCAGAGGCUAUCAAUCUCUUGUCAUUCCUGACUCCUGGAACGACAUUGACGGGUGAUGAUUCUCCGAGACAACCGUCUUGGAAUAGUAGUAUGAAGCGAUCUGUGUCGACCAACGACGAAGUUCCACAAGCCUCUAUCUCUGACCAUCACCACCGACAUACUGAGGGCCCCGUCAGCCCAAUGAGUGACGACCGCAGCGAUCAGGCCUCAUUCAGCUUCGCAAACGGACGAAUCCGUGCACCAUCAGCGGCAUCAGGGAGGUUGCCUAAGACUCCCGACGUCCUUCCUAGGACCAUUACAGCUACAUCGGUUCACACUACCAACAGUGGUAAUGCAUCUCGACCAGGUACAGGCCUUGACCACUUAGACGAUCCCUCUCGCUCCGCACCUCGAGUGAGCCUGGAAGCACCGUCUCCUACGAUUGGAGCACUUUUGACCGAGUCACCUGUGGCAGUUAAGCACAAUUCCACGUCGACUUUCUAUUCAGCGACUCCUGGACCAUCGCAUUCGCAGCAACAGCUGCCGACAAGCAGAGGGAGCAUUUUCUCCUCGGCGAUGCCUAUGGAUGAGACUGCGGGCGGGUCAAGUGAGGUCAAAUCGGAUUUGGAGAGUAGCAGAGAGCCAGGGGUCCUUUUCACUGCGGCAAGUGUCUAUGAGUUCAACAUUGACCGAUCCCGACAGCAGGGUGGGUUUAGAUACCUGACAUAUGUGACAGGGGAGAUCUUUGAUGUGAUAGCGGAACAUGGUGAAUUAUGGCUGGCAAUCAACCAGGAUGACGACACUCGCGAGAUUGGAUGGAUAUGGAACAAACAUUUUGCAAAGCUGGCGACAUGA